CUCCUGCAGCCUUCUUUUGAGAGGGAGGCAGGAAGAGAGCCCAAGUAGCUGCUGAAAGCAGACCGGAGUGAGCGUUUAGCGCUUGUUUUCUUGUUGCUGUUGCUGAGAUGGCCCGGUUGAGUAUGUGGCGGAGCCCAGGGACGCUGGCCCUGUCCUGGAUGGAGGAGCAGGUCGCCUCAGGCGUGCGCAGCAGCAGCAGCAUGCCGGCGAUCCGGCAGGCGUAUCCGGAGAGCGGCGGCAGCAGCAGCAGCAGCAUCGUCCGGCCGUUCGCUGAGAUUCCUGGACUCUGGAAGAACGGGGUGGUCAACUUGUACAACUUCUGGAAACUGGAUGGGUUCAAAAACCUCCACCGUAUCAUGCUGCAGAACUUUAACACGUUCGGACCCAUUUACAGAGAGAAAAUAGGCUAUUAUGAAAGUGUAAAUAUCAUCAAACCAGAGGAUGCCGCAAUUCUCUUCAAGGCAGAGGGUCAAUAUCCCAAAAGGCUGCAGGUUGAAGCGUGGACGUCAUACAGAGACUACAGGAACCGCAAAUACGGGGUUCUCCUCAAGAACGGCGAAGACUGGAGAUCCAACCGCGUGAUUCUGAACAAGGAGGUGAUUUCCCUGAAGAUGCUGGAAAACUUUGUGCCGCUGCUGGACGACGUGGGCCAGGAUUUCGUGACCAGAGUCCACAAGAAGAUCAAGCGAAGUGGACAGAACAAAUGGACCACAGACCUGUCUCAAGAGCUGUUUAAAUACGCUCUAGAGUCGGUGGGCUCAGUGCUGUACGGGGAGCGGCUGGGCCUGAUGCUGGAUUACAUCGACCCUGAAGCGCAGCGCUUUAUAGACUGCAUCACGCUCAUGUUUAAGACCACCUCACCCAUGCUGUACAUACCUCCUGCCCUGCUGAGGCAGGUAGGAGCGAAGGUGUGGCGGGACCAUGUGGAGGCUUGGGAUGGGAUAUUUAACCAAGCUGACCGCUGCAUCCAGAACAUCUACAGGCAGCUGCGUCAGGAAACGGGAACGUCCAAAGAAUACCCCGGAGUCUUGGCCAGCCUGCUCCUCUUGGACAAGCUGUCCAUUGAAGACAUCAAGGCCAGUGUGACUGAGCUAAUGGCUGGAGGAGUAGACACUACUUCUAUAACGCUCCUGUGGACGCUGUAUGAAUUAGCCAGACACCCGAGCCUCCAGGAGGAGCUGAGGGCCGAGGUUGCCGCAGCGCGGGCUGCAAGCCAGGGGGACAUGCUGGACAUGCUGAAGAGGAUCCCUUUGGUCAAAGGCGCUCUUAAAGAAACGCUGAGGUUGCAUCCAGUUGCAGUGAGCUUGCAAAGAUAUAUCGCCGAGGACAUAAUUAUUCAAAACUACCACAUCCCCGCUGGGACUUUGGUCCAGUUAGGACUUUACGCAAUGGGCCGAGACCCCAAGGUGUUUUUCCGUCCGGAGCAGUACCUGCCGUCUCGCUGGCUGAGGACGGAGACGCAGUACUUCAGAAGCCUGGGCUUCGGCUUCGGUCCCCGUCAGUGUCUGGGACGCAGGAUAGCCGAGACGGAGAUGCAGAUCUUCCUCAUCCACAUGCUUGAAAACUUCCGAAUUGAGAAGCAGCGUAACGUGGAAGUGCAGAGCACGUUUGAGCUGAUUCUCUUGCCCGAUAAACCUAUAAUAUUAACUCUGAAACCUCUGCAAGGCAGUCAGUAGCAGCAUUUAGGAAAUUUCUGUCACACGGUAAGCUGUGCUCUGUUCUACAGCCCUUUUUUAAGGUCUUUGAAAUGUUUGGCAGGAUAAACAUCUUGGAUUUUUUUUUUACGGAAAACCUAAAAAUGUUACCUCAGUAGUUCAGUAACUAUAUUUGCUGUACAUUGCUCAGUAGGUCAUUUGAUUUAACGACGCAAUGUUAGACCGUGUGUGCAAAAAUUGGAAUCCAUGUCAUUACUGUAAUGUAUUUAUAUAUGUAUCUGUAUAAACCCAUGAAGAAUAAACAACAAAAC